GCGCCCCCAUUGCAGUUGGCGCUGCCUCGAUGUUCCAGCUGCCCAUCUUGAAUUUCAGUCCCCAGCAAGUGGCCGGGGUAUGCGAGACUCUGGAGGAGAGCGGCGACGUAGAGCGCCUGGGUCGCUUCCUCUGGUCGCUGCCCGUGGCCCCUGCGGCCUGCGAGGCCCUCAACAAGAAUGAAUCGGUGCUGCGCGCGAGAGCCAUCGUGGCCUUUCACGGUGGCAACUACCGCGAGCUCUACCAUAUCCUGGAAAACCACAAGUUCACUAAGGAGUCGCACGCCAAGCUGCAGGCGCUGUGGCUCGAAGCGCAUUACCAGGAGGCUGAGAAGCUGCGUGGACGGCCCCUGGGGCCGGUGGACAAGUACCGUGUGAGGAAGAAGUUCCCGCUGCCGCGCACCAUUUGGGACGGCGAACAGAAGACACACUGUUUCAAGGAGCGCACGCGGCAUCUGCUACGGGAAUGGUACCUGCAGGACCCAUACCCCAACCCCAGCAAAAAGCGUGAGCUCGCCCAGGCAACCGGACUGACCCCUACGCAGGUGGGCAACUGGUUCAAAAACCGCCGACAAAGGGACCGGGCGGCUGCUGCCAAGAACAGGUCAGUACCUAGAGGCCUACGCGCCUUGCGCUCUCCCGGGUAGGGCAGGCGAAGGCACCCCGGGCGCCCUUACCCAGGGCCCGGCGACUUGGAUCCGCAGGACCUGAGAGCUCAGUCUGUCUUCAGUUAUGAGCCCACCGUGUUCUGGGAUCCUGGGAGGGGAGGGGAGGGGGCAGUUUCCUUCCGGGCUCUAGGUUCCCCAUACUCUUUCUCUCGUUCUCAGCGCCUGGGGGUCGCUCCACCAGCUAGUUCCAGUCGCCAAAC